AUGUUGAGUCAACAAAACUUAUCACCCCUCCAUCUGCACCUCUACAAAGGUCACAGAAAUGACAAUACGGACAACUGUUCCAGUGACAUCACUCCACUUUUAGAGAGAUAUUACCUCUCACCAUUGUAUGCUCUGGAAUUUGCCAUUGGCUUAAUCGGAAACCUAGUGGUGGUCCUAGGCUAUAUAUUUUGCCUCCCUGCUUGGAAGUCCACAAAUGUGUACCUGUUUAACCUGUCUGUGUCUGACCUCAUCUUCUUGUGCACUUUACCUGAGCUAUCCUAUAACUAUGCUCACAACUUGAAGAAAUUCAGUUUUGCACUAUGUGUGGUUAAUCGCUACAUCCUCCAUGUGAACAUGUACUCCAGCAUUCUUUUCAUGAUGUGGGUAAGUGUGGACCGGCUCUUGCUGCUGCAUCACCUACAGCGAGAACACAUCUUGUUGACUCUCAAGGCCGCAUGGUGCAUUACCAUACUGAACUGGAUCUGGGUGAAUGUUCAAAUUGCACCGCUCAUCAUCUUGAUUAUCCAGGACUUGAGGGAAAAUGACUGGACAGUGUGUCGUGAUUUUGCAAGCCUGGGAGAGCCCAAAGUUACUCUGAUUUACAGCAUAGUGCUCACCAUAACUGGAUAUGCGAUGCCCCUGGUGGCUUUGUUUCUAUCAUCGCAAAGGACGGUUUCUGUACUCAUGAAAAGAGAGGAGGUGCUUGGGACAUCCUUCCAAAGGCCAGUAAGAAUCGUGAGGACUGCGGCAAUCAUGUUUCUGGUGCUCUACAUACCCAUCCAUAUAAUGAGGAUUGUGCGUAUUGCAUCACAGCUUCCUGAGUUAAAUUUGUCACAGUGUAUCAUGGAUUACAUCAAAGCGGUUUACACAGUGACACGGCCAAUUGCAUUUGCUCACAGUGUCAUCAACCCCAUUUUUUACUUCCUCAUGACAGACAGAUUUAAAGAAGCACUGCAGGACAAGUGGAGACAGCUGAAAAGGAUGCUAAUGAUUACACCAUAAGGAAGUCUUACCCAUUAAACAAAGACAGCACUGAUAACAAAUGCUUUCAAAUCUUACAGUGGUGUACAUUUAUAUACAGAUGGAUAAUAAAUUAGAAUAUAAACCAACAUAAAGUGUCUAAAACUUCAAUCUUAUACCCCAUAAGGCAAAAAAAAUCUAUGUUAAAAUAUUGCUAUUAUUAACUGGAAAAUUAAAUAAAGCCACGGUUGUAAAGAGUGGUUAUUUGAGUUACCACAGCCGUCAGCUCAAACCAGUGUGAACAUUCUUCUGUGAGCUCUCUCAUCAACAAGGCAUUUUCACCCACAGAACUUUUUUUUGUUGACACCUUGUUCACACCUUUCUGUGUCAACUUUAGAGACUCUUAUGAGUGAAAAUGUUCUGAAAUACCCAAAUCAGCCAACCUGGUACCAAGAACCAUGACGUGGUCAAAGUCAAUGAGAUCACAUUUUUCUUCUCUUUAAUAUGUACAUUAACUGAAGCGCUUUACCUGUAACUGCC